AUGGAACAGAAGCGCUUGAGGGCCUCGAGAAGACAGAUUCAAUUGAGAGCCGCGGGUCGUGGAGUUAAUGACUGGUCACCGGACAUAACACCUAACCCGGAAGCUCAUCGGGAAUAUCUGAGCAAUGGGACGGGCACAGAGGCCAUCCUCAGCCAGGGGGAGAGUGAAGACACCAAAAUACAGACGUCGCCUUUACUAACAAGAACCAACUCACCGAACCAGCCUUCCCAGAGUGAUUAUCUUAGGAAAUUUAGGCCUUGGAAGGACGUCUACAAGGAUAGAUUUAAGGUUGGCACUAAUUGGAAGUAUGGCAGGUGCUCCACCAAGAUCUUUCGGGGUCACACAAACGGGGUGAUGUGUCUGCAGUUUUUCGACAACAUCCUUGCCACUGGUUCGUACGAUGCAACGAUUAAGAUUUGGGACAUGGAGACCGGAAUGGAAGUGCGUACCUUGAGAGGCCAUCUUGAGGGGGUACGCUGUCUGCAGUUCGACGACACAAAGCUCAUCAGUGGUAGCCUUGAUGGCACGCUAAAGGUCUGGAAUUGGAGGACCGGAGAAUGUCUGUCGACGUAUAGUGGUCAUGAUGGAGGUGUCAUUGGCCUGCACUUUGAUGGAGACCUUCUAGUGUCGGGCUCCGUCGACAAGACCAUCAAGAUAUGGAAAUUUCGUGACAAGUCGAUCUUCACGCUACGUGGCCAUACAGACUGGGUCAAUGCUGUGAAGAUAGACGCAAUGUCUCGCACAGUCUUUUCCGCCUCUGAUGACCUCACCAUUCGCCUUUGGGAUCUUGAUACGAACAAAUGCCUACGUAUUUUCAACGGUCAUGUUGGGCAGGUCCAGCAAAUCGUUCCACUGCCUCGUGAUUUUGAGGUCGACAAUCGCGAAGCAGAUACCUAUGUGGAUGAUUCAGGCACCCAGUCAAGUACAGAUGAGGUGUCCAGUCAGGAAGCGGCAAAUUGUGUAGCUUCGGCUGCAAAAUCACCUUACAACAAUACUUUCCACUACAGCAAAGAUCGAAUUGCGCCGCCUUGCUAUAUACUCACAAGUGCUCUGGACUCAACCAUUCGCCUUUGGGAAGUACCGACUGGAAAAUGUGUCAAGACAUUCUUUGGCCACGUGGAAGGUGUGUGGGCCCUUGCUGCCGAUGCACUUCGUGUUGUUUCCGGAGCUGAAGAUCGUAUGGUCAAGGUCUGGGAUGCUAGAACUGGCGCUUGCGAAAAGACAUAUACUGGUCAUGCGGGACCUGUCACUUGCGUUGGGCUUAGUGAUAGUCGAAUGUGUAGUGGAAGCGAAGAUGGAGAGGAAGACGAUGAAAACCUCGCUAUAGGAAUCAGGGGUAACGUGUUCCAGGAGCCAGAUCAAUUUGCUUUUCUGUCAAGCAGCUCCAGCCCUGACCCUUCACCACCGACUACUGCUGGCAGUAGCUCGAUCAUUUCACUUGGCCAUCAAGAGUCUCGGAGUUUUUUCGCCUCGGCGAGCUUGAUAAGCCUCCAAAAUGCUUUCUCAUCGUCACUGCUCAGGGCACACAAUCCUGAUCCAACAAUAACGACUCACGCAGUUGUCCACCUUACCACGAACCAUGCAAAAUGGGCAUCCAUUCCUCCUGGCACGCAGGUUACGCAGCAUACCACCAUUAGAUCGGCCACCAGUAGCAGCACAAACGCCUCAUUUAUCUCAAUCACAUCAAUCCCUGGUCCCGCUCCCAUAAAAGCUCAACAAGCUCCUCCGUUCAUUUCCAACCUCCACAGUAUCCCACACCAACCAGACUUGCCACCUAGCCACAAAGAUCUUCAACCAUCAAUAACCGCUCAACGUGGUAUCACUGCCAACCAGACAGUGGACAGUGCCCACAGCCCUCACCGGAGAUCUGGGAAACGCCAUUCUGGUGACCUGAAGAUUCUGACUGUCCAACCUGAAAAUAGUUCUGCAGCACGGAGAUUUUCAACGCCGGUCACGAUGCUGAAUGCCAUGAUCAGCGAUGCGCAUAGGUCGAUUAUAAAGGCGCUGCGUGAUAGCGGUCGACGAUUACGGCUUUGUGCGCUCGUGGGAUGGGAUUUGUGGUUUGGGGUCUGA